AUGUCUACUAACGUGUUGGAUAUGGCUCCUACUGCUGUGCCACCACCCCCUCUUCCCCCUACUGAAACACAUCAUGUGUCACCUACUGAGUCAGAUGUAGGACUGGCAUCUUUGUCUUCGACUUUGUCUUCAUCUGUUCAAGACUCAGCUGAACCAAUAGAAGGAAACGAUAGUACUCCCCAGCUGGACAACAACAAUAGUACUAAUGCUGCUUCUCUCAAUACCACCGUAAAUUCUACUAUGAGAUUAUCUCACAUCAUUGAGAAACAACAAAAGAAUCUCAUUGCCAACAGAGCUAAAAGUGCCAAUAAAAAUUCAAAAACGCCAUUUAUAGUAUUGGAAAGAGUAGGCGAUAAACUCUGUACCAGAGAAGAAAGUGAAAACGAUGAUCUUGAAGAAGGUAAUGAAAGCUGUGGUUCUGGUCUGGAAAGACCAUUAGUGAAACCAACAAGUUCUUUAGAUAAUGACGCAUCGUUACUGACUACUGUUUCGGCUCCUUCUUCUACUUCACCUUCAGAAUCUUCAAAAUCUUGUGAAUCGGCAAAGGGAAAAAUCUCUUCUUUGAAAAGACUCAUUAAUGACGUUGAAGAAGAACCGAAAUCUAAUGAUAUUCAACAGACUACAAUUAUUACUACUAUUAAAAUGAGUUCAGAUGAUGAUACCGAAUCAAAUAUAUUGAAGCCAACAACGGAUUACAAUCGUUUAUCACGACCAAAUUCAGCUAAAAGAUUAAAGAGAAAUAAUGUUCCUAACCCAUUGGAUCUCAGUAAUUCUAAUGGCCAAUUUGGUAAUGAUGAUGAUGAAUCAGGUCCAAGUGAAUCUAUUCGAUUAGAUCCCGUCAUUCAAUCUGCUCCAAUUCGUGCCACAUCAUUUGCUCAACAAGCUGCUAAUGUUAAUAGUGGUCGACCCACUAACGAAACUGUUGUUGGCAGCAGUGGUGAUAAUGUGGGCCAAAAACUUUCUGCAGAAAGACCUUCGACAACAAAUAAUGCCUUCCAUGGAAGAAGAGUUCAAUAUGCAACCCCAUAUGGAUAUUAUCAAGUUUAUACGCCAGUACAUGGUCGACCAGUUAGACCGUAUCCUGUCCCACUUAAUGCACCAAUGGUAUAUCCACCUCAUUCAAUGGCAAAUCAAUAUCAAUAUGGACAACCUUUACAGCCUAUUGCUGCCUUACCCCAAAGAAUUCCGACCGGUACCAUUAGAAGAGCUCGCAUGCCACAUCCUCAUACAACCACAGCAACACAUUUUCCAAGACAUAUAACCAUUGAUCCCAGUAGGAACAAUAAUAGUAAUACGAAUUCUAAUCAUAAUAAUACUAAUACUUAUAAUAACAAUACUAAUACUAAUGCUAAUGCUAAUGAUACCAAUAAUAAUACUGCUACUGUUGGUCAUGCUCUUACCAGUGGGUCAAAGGAAGAUAUCCUUGCAGAAGCAACUACACCCAAAUCAAAUCGAUCCAAAACAGUCACCGAUGUAUUUGUUGGGGAUUUGGAAAAGGCUGCACCACUACAAUCACAACCAUUGUCUGCGCAAAAGGAGUAUUUCUGGCUCACUAGAAAUGCUGUGCUUGCGAAUGGGUCGAGUCCAUACAACCGUACUAGUAAAGAGGGCGACGAAGUAACAGAAAGUGAAAUCAAUGAAAUGCAAGAUAAAUAUCGAACAGCUGCAGCUGCAGCUGCAGUUUCUCAGUAUUCAGAAGGGAAGCCAAUAAAGAAUGAAGUCUUCGGUUCAAUUAACCUUAUGAACGAAAAGAUAUUCAAUUUCCGUAUCUUUGGGAAGGGAGGAGGCGAUUCUGCUUCUUCCGGAGAAAGUGAACCUGAUGCGGCCCGUACACCAGGCUCAUCACUGGAAGUUAAAGAUCAAGCAUGGCUUUCAAAAGAGAAGCAAAAAUUUUUAAAGAUUUGCGAGACCAGUUGGGAUGAAUAUGUUAUGUCUCGAAGUAUUUAA